AUGCGCUCCGUCAGACGUCUCAAGAGUGCUCUGGCUUUUGAGUCGACUCAAAAGUGCUGUGCCCACCUGCAUCAUUGCCGUGCAUGCGGUGGUACAGGUCCCCGUUGGGCAUGUAUUCAUAGAUGGCCAUUUGCUCCAUGCGCUCCGCAAGAGGAGGAGCAGGCAAGAGUAGCAAGAGGAAAAGGGGGUGGUGCGGUGGUGCCCACCUUUGCCGUUGCCGUGCAUGCGGCGGUACAGGGGGAUGGGGAGGGGGAUGGGGAGGGGGAUGGGGAGGGGGAUGGGGACGGGGAUGGGGAGGGGGAUGGGGAGGGGGAUGGGGAGGGGGAUGGGGAGGGGGAUGGGGACGGGGAUGGGGAGGGGGAUGGGGAGGGGGAUGGGGACGGGGAUGGGGAGGGGGAUGGGGAGGGGGAUGGGGACGGGGAUGGGGAGGGGGAUGGGGAGGGGGAUGGGGAGGGGGAUGGGGAGGGGGAUGGGGAGGGAAGAGCCGUCGACUAUUGA